UUCGGCUGCAUGUACUUCUACCUGACAGCAUCGCUGACGCUCUGCCAAGCGAGGGCUUACUGCCAGUCCCUUGGGGCGCAGGUGGCUUCACCCACCACACAUGACAACUACCUCGCCCUGAUGGCCUACCUUAAUUCAAAGUCGUACUGGGAUCCCAUCUGGGCCGGUGUUUACAACAUCAACGGAACCUAUAGCUAUGAAUCGAACGGUCGCUGGCCUGGGCCUGACCAGCAGUACGAGUGGGGCCCGAACCAGCCCAACCGCGGUUUAGAGACAUGCACCAUUUUCCGCCGUGUGCCUUCUAACUAUAGUUUGGCCGACGACUUCUGCUGGAGGAAUUCCGCCGUCAUCUGCCAUGCGUGGAACCUUGAGCUGUAGGUAAUCUGCCAUGCCUGGAACCUUGAGAUUUAGGUAAUCUGCUAUGCAUGGAACCUUGAGAUGUAAGUAACCUGUCAUGCAUGGAACCUUGAGAUGUAGGUAAUCUGCUAUGCAUGGAACCUUGAGCUGUAGGUAAUCUGCCAUGCAUGGAACCUUGAGAUGUAGGAAAUCUGCCAUGCAUGGAACCUUGAGCUGUAGGUAAUCUGUCACGCAUAGAACCUUGAGCUGUAGGUAAUCUGUCACGCUUGGAACCUUGAGCUGUACGUAAUCUUUCACGCAUGGAACCUUGAGCUGUAGGUAAUCAGUCACGUUUGGAACCUUGAGCUGUAGGUAAUCUUUCACGCAUGGAACCUUGAGCUGUAGGUAAUCUGUCACGCUUAGAACCUUGAGCUGGAGGUAAUUGACACGCUUGGAACCUUGAGAUGUAGGUAAUCUGCCGGGCAUGGAACCUUGAGAUGUAGGUAAUAGGUCGUGGCUGGAGAUCUAGGUCCUCUGUAAUGCCUGACAUCUGAAGAUCUAGAUCGCUUGUCAUGCCUGGACUCUAGAAAUGUGUUGCAAAUCAUCUAUUUGUUUUCAUAAAAGCCAUCGACUCGAAUUAUGUGCAUUGCUUGAUACGUACAAGAUUAAAACCUCAUCUAUUUUUUUGCAUUGAGAAAAAGAGAACCUGUGUUGUUCGCGCUGGUCUUAAAGAGGGCGGGUGCCUCUCCA